AUAUUAUCGCCAAAGAGACGGGAUCGCAAUGGGAUCAGUAAUUGGCCCAAAGCUUGCCGAUAUUUGUAUGGCAUCAAUAGAUGAAAAAAUCUUCCAGUACCAAGGUAUUGUUUUUUAUACUAGAUAUGUGGAUGACAUAUUAGUUUUGUACGACUCAAAUAACGUUACAGCUGAAAAUAUCAAGGAUUAUGCAAAUAGUUUAAAUAAGAACAUUAAAUUUACUUAUGAAGAAGAAAAAAAUUAUGAAAUUAAUUAUUUAGAUGUAAUAAUCACAAGAAAAAAUGAAACAUUGCUGUUCCGAAAAUACGAAAAAAUAUGUAAUAAUAAUAAGGUGAUUAAUUACAAGUCAUAUUCUUCUAUAGGAAUAAAAAGAAAUGUUUUUUUGAUGGAAUUAAAGAAAAUAUUUAAUAGAACAACUUUAAAAAAAUAUAUUGAAAUUGAAACUAAGAAUCUUUUUAAAAAAUAUUUAUUGAAUGACUAUCCACAACAGCUUAUACCAAAUGAAAAACAAUCGAAGAAUCCUUUAGAAGUUGCAGAAGUCGUAUAUGAAUUGAUGUGUACGUGCACAGAACGGAAAAGCUACGUUGGAGAAACAGGAAGAAAACUGGAAGUGAGGCUAAAGGAGCAUGAGGCGGCAAUUCGAUUGAACAGAACUGAAUCCCCGUGGCAACAACACUGCAGUAUUAAAAAUUGUCUUAUUGAUCGUAGUAAUAUUAAAAUUUUGUAUAAAGAAAAAAAUUUUGUAAAAAGACGCAUCAUAGAACAUUACUGUAUUAAAGAACAUGCAAAUUGUAUAAAUUUAAAUACAGGAGCAUAUGUCGAUGCAUGCUGGGAUAGCUUGAUGAACUAUAAUAGUACUGGCAACUUAACAGUGUAAUAUCCACUGAAGAGGCUAAAAUAGCGAAAUAUAUAUGGAUAACAUAAUAAAGUAAGAAAUAGUGAAAAUAAUUCUCUGGUUUUCUCUGUUUUUUUAAACUCUAUCGAAGUCGGAAUUAAAGAG